GAAAGAGGUGCGGUGUUGCGUGACUGAUUGCGAGGCCGAGCGUGUGUGUUUGUUGUGUUGUACGAAAUUUUUAUUCUCUUUUUGGAAAAAAGAAACGUUCGCUUUUUUCGGAAAGACCGUACGUUUUGAAGAGAAAAUUAUGUCGUCAUAUAUCCAAGUUGCCGAAGAUGAAGGCGAUGAACCGAUCGAAUUGCCAACGGAAGACGAUAGUACACUUUUAUUGACUACCGUAACCGCCCAGUUUCCCGGAACGUGUGGCCUGAAAUAUCGCAAUCCAGAAUCUCGGACGAUGCGCGGCAUUCGUCUUGUUGACGGACGUCUUCAUCCGCCCGAAAAUGGAUGGGGCAAGGCAAUUUACUUUUGUGUUUUUCCAAAAGAGAACAAACGUAAAUCUGAUGACAAUUUGGAAAAUUCCACAGCUAAGACUAAAAGAAUGGAAACAAAGUUGCGUUGCACAGACUUGAUCGUACUUGGUUUACCAUGGAAAACAACCGAGCAGAACUUGCGAGAGUAUUUUGAAACAUUUGGAGAAGUACUCAUGGCACAAGUUAAAAAAGAUGCAAAAUCAGGACAAAGUAAAGGAUUUGGUUUUAUUAGAUUUGGGAGUUAUGAAUCCCAAUUAAGAUGUCUUGCUCAACGACAUAUGAUUGAUGGGCGAUGGUGUGAUGUUAAGGUUCCCAACAGUAAGAAUAUUGAUGGCUUAAUGAUGGCUCGUCAGUAUGAUACGAGCAAACACAAUGAAUGCUACCGUCCUAUACCGGUUCAUACGCCGAGUAAUCGACGGGUACCUGUGGCGAAACCUUAUAUCAACUUAAAUACAUCUGAAGCUGCUAAUACACCUAGAUACGAUUCGGAGUAUGAUUAUAAAACCACGCAUUAUCCGUCGUACCCUCCCAAUUAUCCGUACGACGAUAACAAUAAAUACAAAUAUGAAGGCCAGAACUAUAAUACGUAUGAGAAACCUAAUUACCCAUCUUACGAGGAUCCUGGGUAUGACACACGUAAUUAUAUGGUUCAACAUACAACUGCACCUCCGAAUCCCAGCGCUACCUAUCCGUCCGACACAGAAUACACAAGAUACACCAAUUAUGAAGGACGUGCUGUGUAUCCAGUGAUGGAAAAUCCAGACUACACGGAGAAAGUGAGAUACAAUUAUGGUUAUGAUCGAAACUAUUACGAGGCGGACGGUCGUUACGCAUCCACAGACUGUAGAUACACGCUGGAUGUCCGAUAUCCAGAUACUAGACACGCGGACAAUCGAAUUCAAGCUGAUAGUAGAGAGACUGAUUGUAGAUAUCCGGUGGACAAUCGUGAUAUGGAUAGAAGAUACGUGGUUGAUGGUAGAGAUCCAGAUGGCAGGUACGCUAUCGAGAACAGAGAAGUAGAUGCUAGAUAUCCACCGGACGCAAAGGAAGUGGAUGCUAGGUUUGCGGAUACAUCAAGAUAUCCGGCUAAAGAGAAUUAUUACGAUCGUUAUUACAAGCACCGUCCAUCGAGGGAUCACCAUGUCUCGGAUACGUCAAGAUACUGAUGAGUCUUGUUACUAUCGUUAAAUACAUAUGUCACGUUUCAACGGGAAUAAAUUUGAAUAAAUUUAAUAUAACGCUCAAUCUAUUUUAUAUACGAGGCAUCUUUAAAGGAUAAAGAACCUGACAAUAUUUGUUUCGUGCAAUUUUUAUUAACUCUCAAUUAUUCUGUAUCUCGUAUUUGUUUUUCCUUUUUUGAAUCGUACAUAUCGUAUGCACAUGUACAUGUAUUAUUAAGGAACAAUGAGUAUACAUAAUUUUUCAAUGAGAACAAAAUAAAAAUAUAUCAUAGUUCAUAAAUGAUUUUAUUCUGAAAUCGAUAAAUGAUCAUUUGAUAUAUUGUUGAAAUGUAUAUUCCCUUUGAUUCGUGAUCUUUGUUGCAGAUAUUUAAAAAAAAAAACAAACAAAAAAAACAAACAAAAAAAAACAAAAAAAAAGAAAAAAAUUUCGUUGUCUACUAGCAAUAAUUUCGAAUAACUGUCUACAUUUUAAUAUCAACUAUUGCGCUUAAUCAGUUUAAGAUAAUGUAAUAUAUACAUAGCAUGAAAUUUUACAUCGAAUAUAUACAGAGAAAAAGGACAUUAUACGGAUCUUGUGCAUGAAUUUUAAAGAGGCCAUAGUGCUUAAGUGUUAUAUAUUUACAUAUUAU